CACCCCCAGUUACAAUAGAAGAAAUAGUUACAGCAUCCAAUGCUUUGUCCGUUCAACCACGUACGAUGGUUAUAUGGCUUCACAUGAUGGUAAUUUACGAAUUCUGGGGUUGGUUCACAAAUAAGAAGUGGGGAAACAGUACAAUGCCGGAACCAGCAUUGCCGCACAUAUGGAAAGUCAGGAUUAUGAAAGAAAUACAAACGACGCUAAAUAGUCGUUUGCUUAGGGGGAAAGAGAGAGAUCUUUUAAAACGCGUAAAUAGUGUAAAUAGUUUAGAUGAUUAA